UCCCCAUCUCCGUUCGUCGCAGUCAGCCAUUCCGACGAACGCGGAAUUACCAUCCCACCACCGCAAACCUGACCCAAAUUCGAAACGCGUCCCCGUCCGGCCGGUCCAAAAGCCCCCUCCCUUCGCAAUCGCCGCCGUGUCUCUGUCCAGUCCAGCCCUCCCCUAGGCGCCGCGAUCUCCCCCUUCCCCUUCCCCGAUCCCCCCGCAUGGCCGGGAUAAGGCUCACGCCGGAGGAGCCCGAGCUGCCGCAGGGCACCCCGCCCCGCCCCCAGCUGCCGCCCGCCUUCGCCGGCGCUGGCGGCGGCACCGCGGCCACCGCCCUGGCUGGCGCUGGCAGCGGCAGCGGCGGCCUCGAGAUGGCGUCGGACGACGAGCGGUCGGUGGCGGCGGACUCGUGGUCCGUGCGGAGCGAGUACGGGAGCACGCUCGACGACGACCAGCGGUACGCCGACGCCGCAGAGGUGCUCGCGGCGGCCGCGGCCACCGCCAACUUCCCCUCCGGUGCCUCCGAUUGCUGUUCUGACAAGGAUGAGCAAGAUCCUAGUGAGAUUGAAGGCUCACUACUGGGGCUCCAAAGUUACUGGGAUGCAUCUUAUUCAGAAGAUCUUGCAAAUUUUCAAGAACAUGGGCAUGCUGGAGAAAUAUGGUUUGGUGCAGAUGUAAUGGAUACUGUAGCUGUUUGGACAAAAAAACUCUGUGCAGACAUUAUUCAAGGUGGGACUCCACCUGGUAAUGACACCAUCAAUUGUGAAGUCGAUGAGAAGCAAUUCUCCAACUACCCUGUGCUGGAUGUUGGAACUGGGAAUGGCCUUCUUUUGCAAGCUCUUGCCAAGCAGGGGUUUUCAAAUUUAACAGGGACUGAUUACAGUGAAGGAGCCAUUGAACUUGCAAAACACCUUGCUUCACGUGAUGGAUUUACUUCUAUAAAUUUUUUGGUUGAUGACAUUAUUGAGACAAAGUUAGAUAGAAAAUUCAAAAUCGUUACAGACAAAGGGACACUGGAUGCCAUUGGAUUGCACCCUGAUGGCCGUGUAAAGAGAGUAAUGUAUUGGGAAUCUGUGUCAAACUUGGUUGAACCUGGUGGCAUCGUGGUUAUAACAUCAUGCAAUCACACAAAGGAUGAGCUUGUGCAAGAAGUAGAGGAUUUCAGUAAAAGAAAAUCUGGAAAGGAGCAUUUGGAUGAAGGUGCAGGCAAUGUUCCCCAGAUCUUCCGGUACAUCGAUCAUGUCCGGACAUAUCCUACUAUUAUGUUUGGAGGGGUUGAGGGCUCCCAAGUGUGCACCGUAGCCUUCCAACGGUUGUGAGAACUAAGAACCACUCAUUCUUGGCCUGGCAAUUAUGUUGUCACCCGAAGAACAUCAUCUCUGAGAUUAUCAUCACUCUACUUCCUAGUUAAGCCCCUUUUCUACGGUGUAGCUCAAUGUAUCCUCGGCUAUAUAACUUAUAUAUACUAGAUUGGAGCACGGACAGUUCCUUUUCAGUUGCCAGGAUAGAGUACUAGGACUCCUAAACAAAUUUUGUGUACUGCAAGUGCAAACGAAUCAGACGUGCUGCAUACCUGCGCUAUUAAUUCGACAUGGGCCUUUUCACCGUAUUUUUCGU